ACGGUCGUCCCUCCUCAUGUAGUUCCUGUGAAUCCCCAUUGAUGUUGGUCCGUAUGGGACGCUUGCAAAGCAAAGCAAUGUGUCACUCAAAAAUCCUCGUAAUGUAGCGAGGAUCGACUACGUCUUCGUCGUGGACACCAUAAAUGAAAAUCGAGGAUCGUCUGCAUAUCACAAAGGAAAAAUGAAAUCUUCUCGCACCAAGAUUCAUUGUUUUUUGUCUCCAUAUUAGGACAGCAUUGCUUAAAUGUGAUGAUCAUGUAAAAACAGUAGCUUUGCAAGGGAAAGAAAAAAAACCUUCUUCACGUAGUUCUCACUAUCCACAGUUGCAAUUUUGUAUAAACGAAGAACAAAUAAUACAAAGUUGGAUGACACAAGAAGGCCACUGCUGGAAGAACGAGUGAGGUAAUGCUAAUGUGCACCAAGCACCAUACAAAAAUUCUAAAGCAAAACAAAAUCAAAAGUCUUCUACCAAGUUAGAAGCAAACACACACCUCCAAUGCAUGGUCGGUGGAACCGGUGCGGGCGGUGGCAGUAAAAAGCCCCUAAACAACAAGCAGCACCAGCGACACACAACUACUACUGCUUUCAAACCCGGCGACAAGUCACCUUCGUCCCCCCAAGGCAGUAGUACAGCAAGUGGAGUACUAUCUCCAAGCCACCUGAACAAGGCGAAACACCGACCGUCAGCCAUGCCUAGCUCCUCCACCUCCUCCACCAAGUUACCACUAAACUCCUCCACGGCCGCAAGUGCCACUUCGGCCACGACACCCAAUAAAGCAGCGACAAGCAGCUCCUCCACCAUGCCGCCUUCGCCGUCUAAAAACCGGCUGCGGGCCGUGGCGGCUACCUCCCAGGCGACGUACAUUGGCGGCGGGGCAAGUUCGGACGAAGAUGAAACAACCGCGAACAGCAAAAGAAUGCCGGUAAAGCUGAAAAGACUGCUGCUCGGCGCCCUGGUGUUCGCCUCCGUUUUCGGCCAGAUCUGGUUUGCCUACUACCUCAAGCGACGCUACCGGGCGGCGGCAAUGGUAGCUGCCGCGGCGAAAAAUGGAGCGGCAGCGACAACUUCUGAUGGUACCAAAGCGAUCCUACCAGAAGAAGAGGAUGACACGAGCUUGCUCGCGCGGCCACCCCCAGGCUACACGGACGGCUACGCGUUCAUCUACGAUCUCGCCAAGUGGAGCUUGUUUUACACUGUAGUGCAAGUUCUGUUUUCCUACGUCGUCCGCCCGUUAUUUUUCGCCAUCAUCCAGAAACAACGACACUGGUCGGAGGAAAGCUACGAGAUGCGGGUCUCGCGGGCGACCUCGGCGUGCUUCAAAUUCUUCUACCACUUGGCCUGCGUCACCUACUGGGUGUACCUGCUGACCAAAGAGUCCUGGAGUACGGACUGGCCAAUGAUCGCGUGCUUUCGGCAGAGCGACCCGCGCUGCUUCGUGACCGACGUGGCGCGGGGCAUGUGGCGUUCGAACGGAAAGACGGGUAGGAACGAGCUGGAGGAGAGAUUCUGGGCAAAUUUUUGGAAGGAACCUGCCAUGGUCGGGGACGAAGUGAAGUGGUAAAUAGGUUGUGUUUUUUGUCGAUUUGGAGGAAGCAUCAGAAGAAGACUGUGCUUCUUCGCUCAUUGAUUUUGAUGGUUUUUUUUGCUCAUGGAAAUGGUAAUUUGGAUUGUGGGAUGGCGGAGAGUAAUAUCGUCCUGACCAUUCUUCAUCAUGUUUAUAAUGAUUUAUGUCAACCUCAACAUGAGCCUUAGUCAGUGACAACACAAAUCUCAAAUCAUGAAACCAUUUUUUCAGGUUUUACGUAGCGGCGACGGGCUAUCUGAUUUCAGAGAUGAUUCUCAUUUUUCCGGAGCGUGCAAGAUCAGACUUCCUCGAAAUGUGUCUGCACCACACCAUUGCUAUCGGUCUGUCGCUCUUCAGCUACGGAUGCGGGUAUAGAAAGAAGACUUGUUUUGUUGAAAGUCUAGAUCUAGUACGUACUUGUGCUUUUUUGCAAAUCUAGUUGGCGCUGGAAACAGCUUCUGAGGAGGCCUUGUUGAAAUUAUUGUCGGCGAUGAAGAUUUUUUGAUUUGCUUUUAUCCCACAGAGUUGUAAGCCAGUACGUGACAAUGAUCGAAUUAUCCUUUUUUUAUGUAGUAUUUUAUCUCGACGACAGCUUCAUCCGAAUCGGAAGCCUGGUGAUGUUUGUGCACACCCUCUCCGACGUGUCCAUUUACCUGAGCCGAACAACCGUUGACGUCCGGUCGACCGGCGUGGUCGCGGUCUGCUUUGUCGCCUUGUGCCUGUCCUUUUUCUGGCUCCGGCUCUGCGUCUUUCCGCUGGUGCUAGUCAGGAGUGCGUUUUUGGACGGCCCGAGGUAUCUGGUGAACCCCGUGGACUCAGGUACGUACCUUCUGAUGGAAUGUUUGCUCUUCGGGAAUGUGAUGAUGUUGCAGCUGUUUUUUCUUGUACUUGAAGAUUUAUUUACCACGCUGUUUAUACUAUGCUGCAAAGCACAAAGAUAUGAUAAAAUCUACGAAAAUCAUUAUCAUAUCUCAAAACAGAACUGAUCCGGCCAUUUUGCCUGAUGCUCUCGGUCCUCGUCAUGCUACACUGGUACUGGUGGUGCAUGAUAGUCCGCUCAGGGUGGAACUUUGCCAGAACGGGGCAAGCCAGAGAUCUGGCCUCGCAACUGUCCGUCUUCAACCUGAAACGACUUUCCUCCGCCCAGUUGCACGGCAGUAGCACGCGGAAAGGCAGCUACCCUUUUGCCGGCAGUGGCGGUGCAGGAGGAGGCGCCAGCAGUCCGGGCUCCCUCGCUGGCAGGAAGGUGAAGAGUAACUAGUUCUCUUGGGGCUAGCAGGGGUGUAGUCGAGGGCGGCAGCGCCGAAAUUUAUAACUAAAACCUUGUGAAGAAAAGUAGAUGCUGCAUCGUCUACACUUGCAGCUCUUUGUGUAACCAACGUGUCGACGUCCGCAACAUCCGAAUGCGAGUAGUUCUUGUUUUACCAGCAAACAUAGUCACGACCUCCAGGUGGAUCAUCAUCAUGUGUGUCAUACUCAAAGUACUGAUGAGCAUGCGAGCAUUGGCACUCGGCAAAGCGAAAGCUGAGCAGGAGGAUGCGGCUGUCAUACCCCGACCGCAUGAAGCAGCUGCGUCUUCCCGCGACUGGAGAUCCAAAUGACCGCGAAACGGUGGUGGAAAGCACGACUUUCUUUCCGCAGCUGGCAUGAAAGCGGUGUUCUCGUUCCUAAACCCGCUCCAAGAUAUUUUUGUGUUCGAUCGGAUAAUUAUAUGCCGACCUACAGAAAAUGAUACGGCAUAUGCCAGAUUCGCCGCACCACUAUCCACAAAGCGGGAGUAGAACAACAUUAUGUUUUCGAGACUUUCACUUGACACCUGCAGUCCAAGGCGUACGGUAGUAACAGUCUAGAGUAGAAAAGGAAGCACAGAUCAUCAUCCCUAGAUCACGUUCACAUUUUUGAUCGUCUUACUCGAAAGUGACAACUCGCAAAGUCGUAGUUUUUACCGCGCGCCCAGUAGGGCAACUUGCUUUACCAGCUUUUGAUAUGUGAAGUAAAUUUUUGAGUUUAUCAGUUUAGAAUUUUUUGAAAAA